UCGUCUCCAUCACCGCUUACGGAAUCCUACGUAAAGGCAAUUGCAGAUGCGCAUGGCAAAACACCCGCUCAAGUUCUCAUUCGUCACGCUAUUCAACGCGGCAUUUGUGCCAUUCCCAAGAGCUCUAAUCCCGAACGGAUCCGCUCUAAUUUCCAGGUGUUUGACUUUGAACUGACUGAUGAAGAGAUGAAAAUUCUGAAUACUAGCGGAAGACAAUGCAGACUCUUCACUGUGCCUUCGAUGAAGCCUCAUCCGGAGUAUCCUUUCAACGAUGAAUACUAG